GAAGACGGUAGUUGCGGGAAAACUGAAGCGGAUGAUUCUCAUGUUGGAGGCUCCAAACUGCAAGAAAACAGUCUUUUAGAAUCACCAUGAAAACCCCAAAAGUCUCAGAUGUCAAGAAAGGGAUUUCGGGGCUUUGGGAGACUCUGCAGUGUCCCAUUUGCUUGGAUUUAAUGACUGCUCCGGUAUCUACUAAGUGUGACCAUCAAUUCUGCAAAUUUUGCAUGAUGAAACUUUUGGACAAAUCCAAACAAAACAAAGCCAACUGCCCCGUGUGUAAAAGCACAGUCACCAAAAGGAGCUUACAGGAGAGCCCUGGGUUUCAGAAACUUGUCGCUGGUUUGCAGGACAUGAUCCAAGCAUAUGAGCAUGACACUGGCACAAACUACUUCACUGGAACAUCCCAGCAAGGGCGAUGUGCAGGUGUCACAGGUGCAGAAACUACUAAAGGAGCUCUGACAUCUGGAGAUGCAUGUGGCACUGACAUUGACAAUGAACAAAAUGCACUCUUUGGUGAUCUUCCAGAAUCCCACUCCUCAACUAUUGCAGCCCAGAAUGGAUUUGCAAGACUCAUGGGGCUUGAAGAUUCUGCUCCUUUGACGACAGAAAAUGAAGCUCUGGAUAGCGGGCUUGGUGAUGCUCCACUAACGUCUGACAAGAAAAUGUCCAGCCCCACAGACAACGGGGAACCAGUGAAAGCUGAAAUGUCAGACGUUGUGGCGAAUACUUCAAAAACGCGUAGGAAUAGAGGCAAAAGGAGCCGGGAGAAUGCCUCCCUUUAUUCAUCAUUCAUUCCAGAUGAAAACGAAGACCAAUUCCAAAGAAAGUCCUCGAGGAAGAAGCAGAAAAAAGAUGUGGAGCCCGACAAGAUCCUUGACCAUAAGCGUAAGAAAAGUUUAGAGAAGGUUGCAGAGUGGCUCAUGAAAGUUCCAGCUGAAGGAAGUCUUGAGUUAGAAAAACCAGAUGAAAACUCUGAUGACUCUGACAGCUGUUCCUCCGCUUCGACAAUAGAUAUCAGGCAAUGCAACAGUGAACUGAAUCAGAAGAAAGAAGAGCGGGCCAAAGCCCUCGAAGAGCAGGUGUUUGGGGCUGUCUACAGACGAAGAGUGAACAGGAACGUCUCUCCUCCGCUUAAAGUUUUUACAGAGCCAUCGAUAGCUGAAGAAAUAUUGAAGAGUGAAGAUGCUUCAAGUAUUAGAGAGGAAAACGGUUUUGCUUCUUUUGCAAAAAUAAACAAAAGUAACGUGGCGGAUGAGCAGCAAAUGACAGAAGAAAUAAAUGAUGGCAGUGGCAUUUGUAAAUCAGCAGAACAGAUGGAGAUCGGGACAGAAAUUGAUACAGGCAUGCAUGUGGACGAGUUUAACAACUUUCCAGAAAGUCACCAAAACAGAGGCAGAGAUGACGUUUCCAGUGUUGUGCCUGAUAAUGUAGAACAACAACUGGGGAGGAAGACGAGGAAAAGGACGUGCAAUGUUUUGCAACAGGUAGACAGCGACUUACAAGAGCAAGCUCGGGCAAAAUCAGAGGGUGGUGAGCAAAAGAAAACUGACAAAAGGAAAGGUAGAAACACAAGAUCCGAAAAAGGCAAGCCCUCCAGAGUGCCGAAACCCCUUGUCCUCGUUGGAGUUCAGAAUGGGGAAACCAGCCCUGUUAUUAGAAUGAGAGCAGAAGAAGUUCAGGUUCAAAUUGAGAAUUACCCUAGCAGCGAGGACCAAGUAACUCCUGUCGUUAAGAGCAGUAGGAGAAGCAGAAGACUUCAGCUGUUUGCUGAGGAAGUCCAGGAGGGUCACAAGCAGGCGAGCGAGAAAGCUAAGGCAACUGAAGGAAACAGCAGUGUGGCAAAGCAGCCGGAACAUGCUAAUGGCGAAGCGCUUGAUGAUGUAAAUAAGGUGGUAAAGUCAGCUAAAAAAAAUGGAUGUGUUUAUAAUGAAGACAUAGGAGAGAUUGAAAACAUAGAGUGUGCUGAGAGAACAUCGAAUCUGAGGCCAACAGAAGCUGUUAAAGAGUUAAAUGCUGCCUCAGGCUCUGCUCAGCUAGAUGAUGCAGCCGUGGUUGAAAGUGACAAUCAAAACAGUAUUCAGUCACAGGCCUCGGUUUGUAAAACUAAAUGUACCGAAACAGAAAACGAGGAGGACAGGAACGACAGUGAGCUCGACACGGAGCAACUUCUCAAGAGCUUCAAAGCAACUAAAAGGAAAUCUUUCUAUCUUGGAAGUCCAGACGUGAAAAGCAGCCGCGGUUCAGACAAAGACGCCAUCAAAGAACCAGAGAAGAAACAUGAAGGUUGUUCUGGUGUUGAAUCUGCAGAAAAGGCUUUAGGAGACUCCAGCAAGUCCUCUUAUGAUUUCAUCUCUCCUUCCAACUCACCGGUCCAGCCGAGAAUAACUGUUUCUGAGAAACGGGAUCCGGCAGCAGUGGAAGCCUUGAUCUCUGAACAAAACUGUUCAGGUCGCUUCAGGAGUAGUCCUAGCAGUGGACUGAGUCCUAACAAGGAGUCAAAACGUGAUGCAGAAAGUCCUCCUCUUUCUGUGGUCCCUCAGGUCGUAGAUUCUGGUCUCUGCUUCACAGCCGUUGAAUGUGACGAGCUAAAGGAAGCCUCUCAAAACACAGAGAGUCGGGCUGACUGUGAGGAUGUGAAGGGGAUAAAAGAUGACGCACCUGCCACUUUAAAGUGUUCCUCAGUCAACACAGCUGAACAUAGGGCAGUUCCAGAGUCUUCUUUGACCCCUGAUGACCUUAUCGCGUCACCGGUCCAAACUAUCCACAAAGCAGAGAUUAACAGCAACGGUAGUGGAGAGGUCAGCAUCAACUCCUCCAUCAAUAGGAAGCCGAGGAGGAAGAGAAAGGCUCAGAGACUGGAGCCUUCAUCCGAGUCCGAUAGCAGUGGAUCCAAAGAAGAAUUACCCACUCUGACACAAAUCUUUGGAACAUCAGCUCGUCCUUCCGCUCAGAAUCGGAGCGACUCCGGUGAAGACGACAGAUGCGAGGGAACAGCUGAUGCAGCAGAUCGGUUACCACCUGCAUGCCCCAGCCCCGACUGCGUUGAUUCCAGUCAAGCAUCUGUGGACUUGUUCGGCACGCCAGAAGAAUGUGACGUUCCGGUAAAUGACACCAGUGUUACCAUAGAAUCGUCACAGUUUUCAAGCGAAGUCCUUGUUACACAGGAGAAAGAGAGCAGUCCUUCCAAAGAAAUCCCCCCACAAACCCAUCAGAGCACCAGAGACAUGGGCCCAGACGCUCACAGACAGCUUCCUCGUGACCAGGACGCAGGGCACGCCGCAGACAGGAAAGAUGUUCCAGAAGCGGGACCGAACCUAAACCCAGAACCAUCUGAUUGCAAAGGUGUUCCCGAACCCAACCCGUCAGAGCCUGAAGGUGACACACAGAUGGCAGCGCAGAAGUCUGCGCAUAAAGGGGUCGGUGUCAAAGGCACUGGAGUCUCCAAAACACCUUCUUCAACUUCAGCAGCUAAGACUCAGAAGGACAGCAGUUCUCUGUCCGACGGGCAAGAAGACAAAGAAAAUAACAGCCCUCCAAAAGACGCAUGCAAAGCUAAGCUGGUGCUUGUGUCAUCAGGAUUGGGCCCAAAUGAGCAGAUUAUGGUGAAAAAGUUUGCCAAGAGAGUUGGUGCCCGUGUGGUUUCCCAGGUAACACCAGAAGUGACUCAUGUCAUCAUGCGUACAGAUGAACAGCUGGUAUGUGAGCGCACACUGAAAUACUUCCUGGGAAUUGCAGGCAGGAAGUGGGUGUUGAGUUUCCAGUGGAUUUCUGAGUGCUUCAAACAAAAGAAAGUCUUAGAUGAGAGUCCGUUUGAGGUGAGAGGGGAUGUGGUGAAUGGGCCCAACCACCAGGGCCCCUCAAGAGCUCGGACCACUGAAGACAGUAAUCUGCUCAUGAAGGGCUUCAGCAUCUGCUUCCAGGGGCCUUUUACAGACAUGACUGCAGAUAAAAUGGAGUGGAUGGUGGAGCUCUGUGGAGCCGCUGUAGUGAAAGAUCCACUUCUACUCGAUGGUAAACAGAAGUCCCGGCAGCUCGUCAUUGUACAGCCUAAACCAGAGUCAUCAUCUUCAACUUACAACAGUCUUUCCAAACAAGCUACUGUUGUAACCCGUGGUUGGUUGUUGGAUACAGUUGCGACCUACACCCUUCAAAAUUACAGCAGCUACAGAACAUAACCCAAGGAACCCAGAGAUCUUCCCACGGCUUCACUAUGACCUCUUAUGGGGAAUUUAACUGUUCCAUUUUUUGUUUUUCCAAAAUAUCCACCUGUUAUACAUAUUUCUGUGUCUCGCAUUGUAUGAUGUAUAUAAAGUACUCG